AUGGUGGAGCAGAUGUUAGCAGAAGCCACGGCCGAUCGCCUCAUACGGCCAUCGCAGCCUGUACAACUAUUGAGGUUUCGCGCAGUCAUUCCAGGGUACUCGAAGCUCUGGACCUACACAAUCCGGUACGCCCGCUACUACAUGCUUCAACUACUGCGGAUCUGGGAAUUAUUCUCGAAUCUGCCCAUGCCUCGUGCUAGAAGAACGAAGAAUGUGCGAGCCAACCAGAACGAUCAUGGAUCGAGGCAGGUUCGUGAACAAAUUAAGGCAUUGUCUCUUUCGUUGCGUGAGAACCAAUCGGCUCUCGAGCACUCUGGUGCUAGGAUAAAUGCUCUCAUCAAGCGUAAUGAGAGGCUUGCAAAUUCCACUUUCGGCAACUCGCGUGACUCUGCCCACACGAAUCAGCCGAUUCACUCGUUCCUAUUCCUCUUUCGUACAAUUGCUCACGUAUCAUGCCAAAUCCCAACAAGAGGUUCUGAUCCUUCUCGGUUCAGGACGGAUCCAUGCUUUUGUGGACUCCUAACAGAGGAGAAGAGUGCUGUUUUUCCUGUUAUUGAGAUGCGAGGGCACCGUUUCGGAGACAUUUGGUUUGGCGACUCCAGAGAAUUCGCUCCGUUCUGGACCGACUUCAGUGAUCGUGUUCAAGAUUGCGGACCUGAGUUCACCGUUUCCGACCAAGGCUACGCCAUCGCCACGGUGUCCCGAAGCCAGGAUAGGAAGACGGUUCGAGCAGGAAUGAUUCACCUCAAGCGCUCCAAUAUCGCCGAGGGCGAUGAAACUCUCAUAAAAAACCUUUACAAUCUUGAGGAAAAGUCCUGCAAAUUGGAAAAUGCCGCCGCCCACCAAACCCAAUCCUUGUUCCCAUGCCUCUAA